UAUACAAGUUCGUCGAAAGCCAUUCGACCAAGUUUUAACGACGGAAGGCGCUAAUAGGCUGCGAAAGUUUUUCCGCGUUUCCGUGUCCGGAACGGACGCGAUAUCCGCAGUUAGUAUCGUCCCAUUACUCGGAGGCCACGUUGCGUCGUAAUUGGGAGAUUCGUUAGUCCUUUGACCGGCCGUCAACUUCCCAUGGAUCAUCGACGAAACGACAAGGUCCCAUCGGUGCACGAUCCCGAGCGUACUAAAAUGUCCCAGUCGCAACUGAGCAGCGACUUGGACGUUCCGGAAAGUCCGCAACACCCUUGUCAAUGCUCCGCGAUGAGCAGCAUGGAUUCCAUGAGAACACAGAGGGACAGAGCGGAGAGGGGCGUGGGAAGUACAAGAAUUUCCAACAGCCAAGAACUCCCCAGAGGUCUGGAGGCGCUUCAGAGCGCGUUCGAGCCGAUAAAAAGACUGGAAAGUCCGUUGUCUCAUCAAGAAAGCCAACAGAUCAAUUUAGAAAACACCAGGAACGUGGAUAUCCUGGAACAUCAAGCCAGCUUGUCACCCGGCGCGAGAUCUUUGGACGGACAAACCGCCAUUCUGUCCAGACACGGUCACAAUCUUUCCUGUAGCCCGAGAAACUUGGAUCUUUCUCGAAACUUGGCGUUCGAGGCUGCGAGAAGAGUUCAGGAAUCCGGCAACUUGCAGGAUAGCCAACACAGCCUAACUUCCAGCCCUAGUCCUCUGUUGGAGACUAGCUCGGCCUUGCUCGAGACGUCCGCCAAAGAUCUGGACAAGCAGCUAGAGGAUCACGGCGGGUUAUCGCCAAAGCAAGCCGCUUCGGGCAAAGAUAAGUUGAAGAACAUUCAGCAAGUCCUGAAUCCCUAUCAGCAUCAUCACGAGCCGACGUCGCCGGAACGAAACGUCCAUGGGCAUUUUCACGGCGAUGCCCACGCGCACGUACACAAGCACGCCGACAAUUUUCGAGCUGGCACGAAUUUAGACGUUGGCGAUGGACUGAUGGGCUUUCAGCAACAUCAACGACAACACACUCAUCAUCACCACGGAAAUGCCAAGACCACCAACGUGACGCAUCACCAUGGACCCACGAACGUGCACCACCCUCAUGGUCCGCAAGGAAUGACGGGACAUCAUCACGGAAAUUUGCCGGCCAGCCUCGCCAGCCACGUUCACGGAGGUUCCGGUCCUCUGAGCGGCUCUAGCUCGAAUCAUGGAACUCAAACUGCGGCCGCAAAUCCGAACGCCCAUCAUCAUCCGAAUCCAAUGCCUGCACCUGCCACGAUGGGUCACAGAAGCUCGCCGACGAGUCAUCAUCGUCUACCCGGUGGUACCAGCCUGAGCAGUCACUACCCGGCUAAUUCUGGCUUCUCCAGCGAUCAUCAUGGCACCUCCAGCGCGAUGAGCGGAGCUUCCUCGAAUUCGAGCAUGUUAAAUCACGGAGGUUCACCGGCGGUUCAUCGUCACGUGGUCAACGCCAACAGCAGUCUCUCGACAACGCCGCUUGCCAGCCAUCAUCACGGCAGCUCAUCGGGUAGCUUGACCGGACACUCUACCGUGAAUCAUCAUCACGUCAGUUCGGGUAUAUCCUGCGAGUCUUCAUCGUCGAACGCCAACACGAGAACCCAUAGCCGUUUGGAUCACGUCCACGAUCAUCAUCAUCACUUGCAACAAGUGCAUCCGCUGCACUCGAACCACCCUGACGCUCGGCAAAGAGAUAGAGCUCCUUCGAGUUUGGAGCAUCAUAAUCAUCACCAUGGUCAUAUUCACAGUCACGGGCAUCAGCACCCGCAGAACGCCGAUACCAAGAAUUCCUCCCUUAUCGGAGUCGACUCCAUACAGGUAUCGGCUCCUUCGAAGAGUAAAUGUCAGUGUCACGUGGUGCAAGCUGGAGGAAACAAGAGAGGGCAAGAGGGUGAGAGCGACGGUGGCGUUGAAGUGACAUCAAGAACGCAUCAACCCCCUGCUCUUCCGCCCCGGCCACCCCCUCGACCGACCAGGCGAUACGAAACAACGUCCGUCAAUCAGUGCCACACCGGAGAAGGUGGUUGCUGCAAGAAGUACGUUGUCCUUUGUUGCCUUUGUGGCGGGUUGAGCGCCGCGGUUGGCAGUCUCUUUUUGGCGGUACACGCGGUCCUUUCAGCCCACACGGCCAGUCUAGCUCUCUUUGAGACUGUACCAUCUUACAUUCCUGGCAUAAUGUUAAUCCUAAUGGGCUUGUUCACGAUGCUACUCGCUAGGCGGAAACACAGAUAUGGAUUGUUGAUGAAGGUGUGCGGUUCUGUCGGUGUGGUGUGCGCGUUGGUAUGCGUACUUGUCACCGUGACCACCACAGUGAUACACAUGUCUCGACUCCAAGGUCUCCGGAAAUGCGUUUACACGGUGAAGGCAAGGUCGUGCACGUGUUACGGGGCACCGGAAGGAGAUCCCGGGGUCCUCUUCGAAGGCACUCCUCAUUGCGAAGCGGUCCACGGUGCCCUGCAUGCCUGCUUGAGGGCACUGUUCGGUGUUUCGGUCGCUGGAAUCUUGGCCUGCAUAUUCUCGUGCAUGCUGGUGUACCAACUAUUGAGUCACGAGAAGAAGAAGAUGUACUGGGAGCAGUUGGAGCUCAGAUGCAGAUCCCUGUACGGUCAAGGAGGUACCGUGGGACCGUCGACUGGUUCCUGCGGGUGCUGCAACGACUGUGGAGGUGCAGGUCCAUGGUGGGCCCAGACACCCGGUAAUCUGUACACGCCAAAUCCUGAUUUGGCACCGUCCAGGAGGUGGCGACUACCUUGGUCCAGGUCCAGGGGGCCAGCACCGAGUCCCGACUCGAACUACGGCUUUCACACGCAAGCCAGGCAGACGGAGGCCAACGUAGAAAACACCAAUGGCCCUUACAGCGUGCUUAAUUCUCAGUCGAGCGGCCCUUAUUCGGUUUUAAACGCACAGAACGGACCUUACACCCCUAGCACAGCUUCCUACAGCGUUCUAGAAGCGCCUGUACCUCUGUGGGGUCCUCCACCGCCUUACAGCGAUCCCAACAGUCCGGCCAGAAGGCCGCAGGUGACCGAACAGAGGCCAAGAAUCGCUAAACGAAUCGAAAAUUUUGAGAACAACGAGGGCUUGAACACCGUUGCCGUAGACCACAGAUCAAGAUCCACGAAACGUCCAUCCGACAACUACGAGAAUGCCGAGGAAAUAUCGAACAGCACCGAUCCAGAGGGUGGGAACGAAGGUACCAUGAAAGGCAGAAGGACCAGAAAGCCUCUAAAGGGCGUAGAAAACAGUGCGUUCCAACAGGAAGCGAAUCCUGGCCCCAAACAGUCGGAAAGCGAACUGUAUUUCGGCGAUGUAUCUUCGUGCUGCGGUCCAGAAAGCAGUUUCUAUGAUCUGGCCGUGGAUAAAGAAGGCGCUGAACAUUCGGAGGGUGUAGAUUACCUAGCAGCUCGUUUAGGUAAACGACAACUUUCGAAGAGGUCCAGAAUGCCUCUUCCUUUACCAUCGGACAACGGCGACAUACCGUCAGACAGUUACGCGAACAACGACGAGCCUAGGAGCGCGAGAGGGCCGUUUCUAGCUCCGGACGCUCAGUAUGAGGUCAUUCAGCAAGGUAGAUACUCUUACUACACGUCGAAAGACGACGAGCAGCUUCAAGAAGGUCCCGCGACUUCGGGAUACUUCAGAGAGGAGGAGGGUGACAGAGGACGAGAGAGAGAUUACAGAGACUACAGAAGUAGUCAGGAAGAGGAAACGCCGCAAUGUUGUUUAAGCGACUCGACGACGUUGGAUUCCGGAUGGCAAAGCGGAGAACAACAACAAUCGGACGAUAAUGUUCGACCCGUGAACGUGUGAUUGCCCGACGAUAAAUGACAUAUGUAACAGAGUGAUAUUAAGGUCGAUUCGUCCUGCUCUGAAAUUUGACCAAUCGGUAAUCAUUCGAACGCUGACCGGUGACAGUUAAGUUAACCCGGUAGAAUUUAUUUUUUAAGUAUCAAUGGAAGGAUCGUCUCCGCUUAGCCUUUUAUCGUACACGUUAGAGCACGUACUUCCAACUACAUAACGAUCGAACUGCCGCGAAUUAGAUAGGAGAUCCGUGUAGAAUAUAAAGAUGGUGAUAAGAGUGCAAGUCUAAAAUUACCAUGUUUGUAAUAGAGUGUAAGCGUUGUGAUUUGUGGUACGGUAGCUUAAGACGUAAAUCUUUAAUCGUUAGAGCAUAAGCGAACGAGAAUAUUUCGCGUUAACAGAAGUCUGAUAAAGGAUUACGCGAAACGAACUCCGCGCGAGAGUUUUUGCGAGUGAAUCCUACUUAGCAAUGUAUUUUUGUUAAUUAAAGCUAUGUCGCCCGAUGUUGUUCGUAACGUUAAUCUUUAAUGUAUGUCGGAAAGAAAAUCGUACAUAGAGAAGAAGAAAAUUAGUUUCAUAGGUGACACGACAGCGAAACGAUAUCCACGAGAUAGAACGAUCGCUGAAAAAAAGAGGCAUAAAUUUCCCAGAGGCUUUUCGCAAAGAAAUUUCUAUUCUUCGGUGGAUAUCUUUUCCUUGGCGACUCGUUAGAAACGUCCAUGUACAAACGUGUGUGCUUUACUCUUGCCAAUAUCUAGCUAGGUGUCAGCUCGAUUUUCGCACUUAGACGCUAAUCGUUGCAAAACUAUUUAUCAUUGAACGAUGCAUUUCGAUUCGCGCACGAUCCGUUCAUUAAAUUCUAUUCACUGCCUUUUAUGCCAUCAUUUUCCUUCGAGAAAUCGAACGAAACUUUUUCGAGCGCCCGAACGCGAAUUUCGAUGCGGUUUUACAACCUUUCUUUUGUAAGAAAAUCGUGAAAUAUUUAUAAAGAAAUAAUCAUUAUUCGUGUUUAUCGAUACUUAUCGCUUCGAAGGAAUUGUAUCGAUGGUCUGUGUUAAUUUGUCGAGCUACUUUGCGUUCUAGAACCGUGAAUUUCAACAUCAACAUACAAUCCAGGUGGACCAAGAACAAUGUAGAGAAAGAAACGAUUUUUACCGAAUUAUCGUGACAGAUUUUGUACACUACCGUCGACUAGAACCGUUCGUAGUCGUUCAUUAUAGAACACGUGGAGCAGAUGCAUAUUUUAUAACCAUGAUUCGAGAGUGAAAGAGGCAAGGCCAGCUUGGGAGAGUAGUUUAACGUUGUUUACUCGAUAAAGUGUACCUUAACAGCGAUACGUAGCGAGUCUGAUACAUUGUCGAGCGAUGUAACUGACAAUUAUUAAGAAUAAAGCUUUGUUUUGUAAAGAAA